GAAAGGCCAGAGUGACCCGGACAUGCAACCGGGGCCUGUUUUUGUGACUGCAGCCUCCUUCCUGUAGCCCGGUUGAGGAAGUGAAUUUCGCUGACAGGGCUGGGUUCAGAGAGGGAGACGCGAACAAAACAUCUUCAUCACGGCUCUCAAAAAACAUCAAAGCAACAAGAGACAAAAGGAGCGACCUGUUAAACCAUAGUAAAGUUAGGGUGUACACUCAUCGGUGAAGUCGUGCUCUCUCCUGCCCAGCUGAGACCGCCGCAGACAUGAAUGACCAGCAGCUGGAUUGUGCUCUGGACCUGAUGAGGCGUCUGCCUCCUCAGCAGAUCGAGAAGAACCUCAGUGACCUCAUUGACCUGGUGCCCAGUCUGUGUGAGGACCUCCUCUCCUCUGUGGACCAGCCCCUAAAGAUCGCACGAGACAAAGUGGUGGGGAAAGACUAUCUGCUCUGUGAUUACAACAGAGACGGCGACUCCUACAGAUCCCCGUGGAGUAAUAAGUAUGAACCUCCCAUUGAAGACGGUGCAAUGCCUUCAGCCCGCCUGAGGAAACUCGAGGUUGAGGCAAACAAUGCCUUCGAUCAGUACAGAGACCUGUACUUUGAAGGUGGGGUUUCCUCCGUGUACCUCUGGGAUUUGGAUCACGGCUUUGCAGGAGUUAUUCUCAUUAAGAAGGCUGGAGAUGGAUCCAAGAAGAUCAAAGGGUGCUGGGACUCCAUUCAUGUGGUGGAGGUGCAGGAGAAGUCCAGUGGCCGUACCGCUCACUACAAACUCACCUCCACUGUCAUGCUGUGGCUCCAGACAACGAAAACUGGCUCCGGUACCAUGAACCUCGGCGGCAGCCUUACAAGACAGAUGGAGAAAGACGAGACGGUUGGAGAGUCCUCACCCCACAUCGCUAACAUCGGCCGCCUCGUUGAAGAUAUGGAGAAUAAGAUCCGCUCCACACUGAAUGAAAUCUACUUUGGGAAGACCAAGGACAUCGUCAACGGCCUGAGAUCUAUUGAGUCUUUGCGUGACAAUCAAAAGUACUGGCAGCUCCAAAAGGAGCUGUCACAGGUGCUCACCCAGCGACAGACCUCCAUUGAGAAGGGGUCAAAGGAGUGUGCAGACUCUGGCUGACAAGUCAAAGCAGGAUGCUCUGAAGGUCGACCUGAUGGAGGCGCUCAAACGCAAACAUAACAGCUAGAGAUGCUACUGUUGUUUUCUUCUGUCUCUCUGUUUCUCUCUCUGCCUCAUCCCUGCCAUCUUUUCUCUGUUUCUUUAUGUCUCUUCCUCCAUGCCUGUUUCAGUGCUGCACUCUUGUUUAUUUGUGGAAAAAUAAAAAAGGAGAAAUGCUUA